GAUUGAAGAUUAAUGAAUGGACGAAUUGAAACCGCGAUUUAAAAAGUGUCAUUUCUGCGUGAUUGCAAAAGACGUGGGCAACAAAAACUCAGCAUGAAUACUGAUAAACUUGUAAACACUACUUUUCUGUAUUUUCUUUAAUUCUUUUCUCACCCUCAUCUCGGCUACUCGACACAAUGAAUAUUGAAAGUGCUGCAAUUAACAUUUUGAAACGAGGUGUGGAAUUGGAUACUAAGAAAAGAUAUACUGAAGCUUUAGUUUGUUAUCAAGAAGGUCUUCAAAUUCUAGUGGACAAGAUGAAAGGAGAGAUUGAUGACGCUGCCAGAUGUUAUCUCAGGAAAAAAGUGGAAGAGUACAUGAAUAGAGCUGAAACUAUAAAAAAGAUGGUUUUGCAGCAAAAAGAGGCUGGCCAGUUCCAUGAACAGGUCUAUAUAGAAAACAACUCCACUGGUCACAGCUACAAAACUUUAUUUGGAAGGUUUUUAGAUGAGGAUGUGCAGUUUGUGUUGGUAGAAGAUCCUUAUGUCCGAAGUUUUCAUCAGUGUCAAAACUUUCUUCGGGUUUGCGAACUACUCGUAAGAUCAUGCAGUAACUUGAGGUACAUAGAAUUGUUGACCUCUAGAGACUCUAAAACUUCACACGAUCAACAGCAGUGGUUUAAUAACUUAGAAAAUGACUUGAAAAGAUAUCGAAUAAAUCUAGAAGUGAAAUAUUCAGAGACAUUGCAUGAUAGACAAAUAACAUUAAGUACAGGUUGGAUAAUAAAAAUAGGCAGAGGAUUAGAUUUUUUCAAAGCGCCUGACAACAAGUUCUGCCUUGGUGUGUACGACUUGGAUCUGCGGCAGUGCCAUGAGACAACUGUUGAUAUAUUCCAUUCUAAAAAUGUGAAACAGUCCUAUGGAUAAAAUUUGUGAUAUAAAUGGGAUGUCUAGCUGAUCAGUGACAUUUUGCGACAUUGUAAUAGGUGCUAAUAAGCCACAAAAAUGUAUUGUGCAUCAUUUUUGUGACUGUAUUGUUUUUAAUGAGAUUUAACCCACUUGUUCAUAAAAAGUAAAUCCAUAUUAAAAUCUUUGUUGCUUCUUUCCAACACAGCAAAAUGGACAAUGAUAUAAAAUAAUAACAUUUUAUUCAGUUAUGAAUUAUUGCAGUAUUUAUUCAACAUUUUUAUGGCUAAGGGGGUUAAUUACUGUGUAAAUGUAAGGAUUUUUAAUAUUGACUGGCAAUAACUGUUUUCUGUAACACUUAAGUGUUGAUACUUAUCAUUUGAUCAAGUGGCUAUUGUUAGGUAUUUUAUACACUCGAAGUUGAAAUAAAAAUAUGUUUUAUAAAGA